AUGGCGUACAAAAAAACGUUGACAAUCGGUGUUUUACUACUGUUUGCGGUCCUGGCAGUGGCAAUAGCGGUUCCAAUAGCCACAAACACCGACUCAGCCAACAGUGUUGUGCCGCAGGUUAAUCAGUUUUUCGGCAGGACAGUGUUGGACGAGGUCCCACUAAUUGAUGGUCAUAAUGAUUUGCCAUGGAAUCUGUACAACUUCGAGCGGAAUCAGAUCAACAAGUUCGAGCUUAACAGCGACCUGAAGGAGCAUCCCGUUUGGGGACCUUCAACGAGCAGCCACACGGACAUUCCGCGCCUGAAGGCGGGCAAAGUUGGUGCCCAGUUCUGGGUGGCUUACGUCGCGUGCAACAACCAGUACAAAGACGCAGUGGAGCGUACGCUGGAGCAGAUUGAUGUGAUCAAGCGCGUUGUGCGCAAGUACCCGGACCACAUGCGGUACGUCACGUCGACGGAAGGCAUCAUGGAAGCGUUCCAGGAGCGGAAGAUUGGUUCACUGAUCGCGGUCGAGGGUGGUCAUUCGAUGGAUUCCCGGCUGGCUGUGUUGCGGAUGUACUACGAGCUGGGUGUGCGAUACAUGACACUGACCCACUCCUGCAACACACCGUGGGCCGAUGCUUCGCCGAUAGACGCCGAACCGGAAGCGAAGCUGCGUAACGUUACCGGCUGGGGCAGGAACGUACUGUGGGAGAUGAACCGGCUCGGUAUGCUGGUCGACGUGUCGCACGUCAGCCACGGUGUGAUGGUAGAGGUACUGGAGCACACGAAGGCACCGGUCAUCUUCAGUCACUCCUCUUCGUACUCCGUAUUCCGACACCAUCGCAACGUGCAGGACGAUGUGCUGAAGCAGCUCGUCCAAAACAACGGCAUCAUCAUGGUGAACUUUUACACCGGUUUCAUCGGAGGAAGAUCGAUUGAUAAUGUGAUCGAACACCUGAACUAUAUUAAGGGCAUCACUGGGCCGGACCACAUCGGACUCGGCGGAGACUUUGAUGGAGUUGACAGUGUGCCGAUGUUUCUGGACGACGUGUCCAAGUAUCCCGACCUGUUCGACAUGCUUGCCGAUGGAAUGUUCAAAAACGGUUCCACCUUUGCGCCCUGGACGCGUGAAGAUCUGCGCAAGCUUGCGGGUGAAAACUUGUUGCGAGUUUUCCGGGAGGUGGAGCAAGUUAGGGACAGCAUGGUGGAUGUGGAACCGUACGAAGAUCUGAUACCUUAUCAGGAUUUCGUUGAUGCCGGUGUAGCCGACCAGCCAUGCAUGAGCGAUCUGGACAUUCACAAGCAAUAA